AUCGCCGUUACCAUCACAAUCCAAUAGACCGCCAAAGGAGCAACACGUACAAGUGACUGUGACAAGUGACAUACGAUAACAUUAGUGCUAUCAUCGUAUAAACAUACAUACACAGUGAUAUAUUUAGUGAAAGAGAAAUUUGUGAAAACAGUUAAAAUGGCAAAAAUAUUUUUGGUUGUUGUUUUGUUUGUGUUUGCCGAGGCUGUGCACAAACACCACCCCAAGUUCCCAAAGGAUUUAAUAGAGAAAGUGGCAUGCACGAGUGAAAAUGAGAGGAUAAGGAAUGAGAUCAUAGAAAAGUCAAAGUGCAGGGACCCAAAAGAAGUCUUCGUUUAUUUAAAACCUCCAUCAGCACAUGAACAGGUGAUCCCCAGCGCAGUUUGGGUCAAGAGGUGCGUCGGCAUCUGCGACUAUGAAGCUGAGGGCUCCUCGUGCGUCUCAACCGACACGGUUAUGAAGACCAUAUCAAUACGAAUAUACAACGUAAAGACAAAGAAGGAGACGUGCUCGACGUACCAAAUAGAAGAGCACAGAAGUUGCGGCUGCUGCAACCUCACGCCGGAAGAAUGUGGGGACUCGAGGAUAUACAAUCCUCGUAAGUGCACGUGUCAAUGUCCGAACACAGAGGAGCGGAGGAACUGUCUCCGAAAGCGGAACUUGAAUAUGCGGUGGAAUCGAUCUAAAUGCACCUGCGAAGAGAGAAGAAGAAGGGUACAGUGAUAUGAAAUAGGUUUGUGAACAUCUCACAAGCACGAACGUGGAAGAUGCGUUCAGAAGAAUUACGUGGCUUAGAUGCCACGACAAUAUGUGGAGAAAAGAACGGAAAUAUUAUAAGCUCAUGAAGUGACUGUGAGAUAACGUUGUAAAACUUAUAGACUAAAAAUGGACUAAUGUGGUAUUAGAAAAUGGACUGAUGCACGUCCACGCAUCCGACUGACUUAAGUGUCUUAUAUAGUUAAUGUAUUAAUGAAAUUUAAGCAGUAUUAUUAUGUAAGUUAUUUAUUUUGUUGCUAGGGUGAUAUGGGGCCAAAUGUGCUGUGAGUUAUUAGCUCGCUACUUUGUUCCAUGACUUCUUGAUUUUCCUAUCGACUGUAAUUUUGUUUUAUUGAUGAUAUAAUGAUAUGCUAUUUUUGAUUUAUACUUUUUUUAUUUGUAUGUUGUAAACUUAAGACAAGGUUUCUUUCGAAUUUUGUAAGUGUAUAUAUAGUAGUUAUGCCUUGUAACGGCGAGUUCGCCACAAGAGUUUGGGACCAUUAAUAUGUGGUGUUUGGAUCGAGGUAAUACAGUUCCGAAACACCAACCUCUGCUUCACAGACGCAGUCCUUGGAUAAGUCUUAUUGUUAGGAGCACUGUACUUAAUUCUCAAUAAUCAAGUAUAAUUUUAUAUUCUCAGUUUUUGCUGUCUUUAUUAGUUCUAAUUAAUGUUAAUUCACAUUUUAAUUUAUUGUUGUGUUCUGCGACAUCACUGUUCAGUAUUGUACAUAAUACCAUAUAGUAUACGAGCGUAAAACUUUUACGCAAUUCCUAAAUUGUGAUAUAGAUAGUUAAUUUUUCAAUAAUAAGUUAAUUAGUAAGUAGUCUAAUGUGUUUUAUAUAGACAAAUAUUACGUGUGAACGUGACGAUUUAUGAGUUAGCUCUCUUGUCUACUUAGUUUGUAAUGGCCCUUUCCAAUUUGGUCACGGUUGAUGAAUUUUUUUUUUUUUUGUAUGUUAUUAAUAAGUAUUACACACUAUCUUUGAUAGAAUUGUCGUUUCUUCCGUAUACGUAGGUUCUUUACCAAGUGCGAGCUAUCGAAUAUUGAUUGUUUGACGUAUAUAUUAUAGUAAAACGGAAGGCGACAGUGUUCCUAUCAUUGGAGUUAUGUUUAUCGCGUUUUGAGUGCGAUUAAAUUUAGUUUCUACAUCUAUGGGGCCUAGUCUACGAUAGUGCCAAAGAAUCUCAUAGAUUAUCAUAAUUUAUUUUUAAAUUAAUUUAUUUUCUUUUUAAUAGCUUAAAAAGCUUUAAGUGAUCGAAUCACGUGGUUUGAUUUAAAAUUUUGUACUUAUCAUUUUAUAAGCUCAAUAAAAUUUCAAUUGAUUUUUUAAA